GGAGGGACUCGAGCGGCAAACCGACUGCAGAGACCAGCGCCGCGUCCCCUCUGGCCUCCUCGCACAUGAAGUAACCCUCGGGUGGCAGAGACGUCUCUUCUUGGGGGGGCCCCGAGGACGCGGGUCGGACCCCACGGGCAGCAUGCUGCGACAGUCCCUGAGCAUCCUGAAGCAGUUCAGCUCCGCUGCAAAGUCACAAGAUGCCACGGAACUUCUACACGAGGACCUUGUUGUGGUGGAGCAGCGGGUGGAGCCGGCCAAGAAGGCGGCCCAGGUCCUUCACAAGAAGCUGCAGGGCUGCAUGCACAGCCAGGCGGGCCUGGAGGCUGAGAAACGAAUGAAAAAGCUGCCUCUGAUGCUUCUGUCCGUCAGCAUGGCGGAGAGCCUCAAGGACUUUGACGCGCAGUCGUCAAUCAGGAGGGUGUUGGAGAUGUGCUGCUUCAUGGAGAAGAUGCUGGCUAGCAUGCUGGCAGACUUUGAGAUGAAGGUGGAGAAGGAAGUUCUGGAGCCACUCAACAAGCUCAGCGAGGAUGAUCUACCAGGUAUCCUGAGGAACAAGAAGCUGUUCACAAAGCUCACUACGGAUUGGAACACUGCAAGAAACAGGAGCGAAGGAAGCACCGGUCCCCAGGCAAAGCAGGAUGGCCUCAAGGAGGAGGUGGAGGAAGCCCGGAGAAGGUUGGAGAGCAUCAAGGACCAGUACUCUGCAGAUCUGUAUCACUUUGCAACUAAAGAAGACGACUACGCAAACUACUUCAUCCGCCUUCUGGAGCUGCAAGCGGAGUAUCACAGAUGUUCCCACGAGUUCCUAAACAAGAACAUCAGCGAGCUCAAAGAGAAUAACCACCACAGCGGCCCACCGCCGCGGCUCUCUGGUCAGAAGGUCUACGGCGAGCCGCUGCUCUCCCAUCUGACCCGGAGCAACAGAGAGAUCGCCGCACCCAUCCAGGAGUGUGUUUACAUGCUGCUGACCACGGGCAUGGUGGAGGAGGGCCUCUUCCGCAUGGCGGCCGCCGCCUCAGUGGUGAAGAAGCUGAAGACCUGUUUGGAUCACGAGGUGGUGGACUACAGCGAGUUCAGCAUGGACCCCCACGCUGUGGCAGGAGCUUUGAAGUGUUACCUGCGAGAACUUCCCGAGCCCCUGAUGACCUUUGAACUCUACGAGGACUGGUUUAAAGCAGCAGGUGAAAAAGACCCAACGGAGAAGCUGGAGCGGUUCAGAGAGCUACUGAAGAAGCUUCCGCCAGAAAACUACCACAAUCUCAGGUAUCUGGUCCAGUUCCUGUCUCUGCUGUCUGAGCAGCAGGCCGUGAACAAGAUGACGCCCAGCAACAUCGCCAUCGUCCUGGGGCCCAACCUGCUGUGGCCCCGAGCUGAAGGGGAAGCUGCUCUGUUUGACAUGGCGUCCGCCUCCUCGGUCCAAGUGGUGACGGUGAUUGAGCCUCUCAUCCAGUACAGCGCCAGCCUCUUCCCUGAAGCUGCAUCUUUUGAGAUCCCAGAACCUCCCGAUGUGCCGGAUGUGUCCGUGCCGCCCCCCUCCGCUCAGUCCCAGGUCUCUGAAAAGGAGAAAGUGAGGCGGACGACCUCCUCCCUCCCCACGACCUCCGCCGGCUCCUCGUGUCACGUCCGCCUCUCGAAGACCAGCAGUCUGUCCUCCAGCGCCGCUUCUCAGGACGGCGUUAGCGCCGUCCCGGAGAAAUCUGGCUCUGGGAUUCGGGGCGGUACCUCAACGUGGGCCCGACCCGUCGCUGACUCAGCGGCGCCAUGCCCCCCCACGCCCAGCAGCAGCUCGCCUCCCCUCAAUCCCGCCGUGGCCCCCAACGCCGGCCCGAUGGCGCCGCCCAACCCGCUUCCAGUCAGGAAUCCCUCCGUGAAGCAGAGCUCCGAUCAAAGCCAACUCAAGCCCAUUCUGGAGGUUCCGCCGGACUCCCCAAAAGCUUUUGUGACCAUCGUCUCCCCAUAUAAGCCCAGCAGAACGUUCAACCUGACCAAAGCAAACCCAGCUAACGACGAGCCGUUGACCGUUCAGUUCUCUAAACCCAGACCCCCGGUGCCUCCCAAGCUGCAGGAACCUCCGCCCAACGCCGCCGCGCCGACGCCCGCCCCCCGGGCGCACGCCGCCAGCCUCAGGAAGCCGCAGGCUCCGAAGAAGCCUGCAGUCAGGGCCCCUAAAUGCCCCCCACCACUUCCGCCGCCUUCUUUAGCGCAGUGAGAAAUGCAUGUGGAUUUUCCACUUCUUUUAAACUCAAGGGUUCUGAAAGUGUGUAGUCUCUGCUGACCUCCGGUGGUUCCUCCUUCCCGUCUCGCUGCAGUGAUGCACAUGCAUGUACUGCACUGCACUGGAACCACAUCCAAAGUAAACUGGCCAGCCAGCGAUCAGCAACGCUGAAAACCAGAGAAGGCAGCAAACAAGUGCUUCUCUUUAGAUAUUAUUUAAACAUGUUGGGUUUUCUACAUUCAGUCUGUGUGGUUUAAUAUAUUAUUGAGUGUUGUGGCUUCUAGAUACUUCAUAGGUACGAGGUGUGGUGAGCCCCCGAGGGGCCCUUACUUUGCCCCCCCCCCCCUCCGAGGGUUUGGUUCCACGCCAGGGUUUGGGGGGGGGGGGGGGGAGGGGCGGGGGGGUUGUUGUCGGCUGUGACCGCCGAUGCUGCAGAUCUCCUGUAUUGCAACUUUACUUCAUCUUUGUUUGGACCAUCAAUGUUUCUGUAACUAGCUUCAUGUGUUUAUUCUUCAGGUACUUUUACCUUUAUUUCCCAAAGUGCAAAGUCAUUUUUUGGAAAGCAAGUCUUUUUGGUCAAAAUAAUAGCUACUCAAUAAAUGAAUCCAUUCAUCCAAACUGCCUUCAAAUUGCUGUUUUUAGGGUGUAAUUUGUCACUGAUUUAAUGUAAAUAACAUCUGUUUAACAGCCUCCUUUCAGGUCUACGUUCUUGGGGGUUUGGGAGGAAAAAUAUAUUUUAAACGGACUUCAAAUCUUAAACCUGUGUAAUCUCUGUACAUAAAAGCACCUUCAACCUAAUUAGAAAGAUCUUUAUUGUCAAUUCAUGUCAUUAUAACAUAUAUAUAUUGGUACUGACUGCAGCAUAUGGAUGGAUGUGAAUUGUACUGCAUGUGC